CCCGCCCUUCCAUGUUGUGAACGGCAGCCCAGAAGGGUCAAUCCGCGGCCGGCGCUGUCCCGGUGAGGGUUUUCUUGCUUUGUCGUUGGGUUUGCUGGGCGACUCCGCACCGCUCUCUCCCACGUUGGCCGACCCUCGGUAGGCCGCUCGGGACCGGAAGUCUCGGGCCCUCAGCGCUUCAGCCUCCGGUUGUAGGCUGGUCGUGUGAUCGCAUGUCAGUCUCGUCGUUCCCCGCGUGAUCCCUGCAGGAAUGGCAGCCCCGUCCAUGAAGGAAAGGCAGGUGUGCUGGGGCGCGCGCGACCUGUACUGGCGGUGUCUCGACGACAACGCGGAGGACGCGGCUCGGUGCCAGCAGCUGAGGAGCUCGUUCGAGGCCAGCUGCCCCCAGCAGUGGAUAAAAUAUUUUGACAAAAGAAGAGACUACUUAAAAUUCAAGGAAAAAUUUGAAGCAGGAGAUUUCCAGCCUUCACGGUCCACUGAAAAUUCCUAGCCUCUGCCUGGACUUUCACACAGGUGGAAAUGACUCUUCGGGACUUUCAGAAAUGCUUUGGUGGUUCCAGGACAAAAGCAGGCUGACCCACAAUUACACAUCAGCACUUGUUCUGUGUGAAUAACAAUUACUAAAAGGGUCACGUAGAAGACGAUCUCAUCAUUCAAACUGUGAAGGACUGAAUGGUAUUAAGUGUGCUGCUUUCAUUUAGUGAGGCAUCUAUUUUUUAAAAAAAUUAAAGCUUAUUAUAAAAAUA